AUGAAUUUUAAAAUAAAUAAAUGAAGAGAAAACCUCACACCUGUUCUGACGUCAGCGGUGGGUGGCACGCGCCGGUGGCCCACGCGCGUCGGUUGACCACGUGGGCCACGCGCGUCGGUUGACCACGUGGGCCACGCGCGUCGGUGGCUAUAAAACUGCGAGAGGUUCCAGCGAGAGAGGAGGGAGGAGGAUUGGAGACUGACGUCGAUUCUCUGUCAAGAGUUGAGCCCCUUGUGGUCGAGAGAGGAGAGAAUGCCGUACCCACUGGCCAUACACACGUGCGGAGGACAAGGCGGCACCGACUUCACCUUCGACGGCAGGAGCAACGGGGCGACGCUUGAGAAGAUCUGGGUGUGGGUUGGCGGGUGGCAGGUGAAGUGCGUGAAGGCCUGGCUGACCAACGGAACGUCCGCGCAGUACGGCAGCCCGUUAGGAUCUCACAGCGAGUUCGUCUUCCAGCCCGGCGAGCUCUUCUCGUCGCUGUCGCUGUGGGGCAACGGCGCCGGCACGCGCCUGGGCGCCAUCAAGUUCAAGACCAGCAAGGGGCGGGAAUUCUUCGUGAAGAUGACCGACUGGGGGCUGAAGACGGAGUACCCCAUCGACAUCGGCUCGGGGAUCUGCCUCGGCAUUGUGGGCAAGGGCGGCUCGGACAUCGACUGCAUGGGCUUCGUGUUCAUCAAUUCGGUAAAGCGGUCCGAGUUGAUCAACGUGACGUACCCGACGCUGCACCGGGAGCUCCCGAAGGUCCAGAUGGAGGAGAUCAAGUCCAUCAGCUACAAGAACCGGGGCUCCGUCCCGCAGACCUACAAGGUGGAGACCUCCAAGACGGUGACCAAGACCUCGUCGUGGUCGAUCGCGAACAAGCUCGAGGCGACCGUCAGCAUCAGCGUCACGGCCGGCAUCCCCGACGUCGUCGAGGUGUCGAGCGGCUUCAGCUUCACGGUGGGCACCGAGAGCACCCGCGGCGUCGAGAACUCCGAGUCGAAGACCGAGCUCCUCUCGUUCGACGUCACCGUGCCCCCGGGCAAGACGGUGGCCAUCGACGUCAACAUCGGCCGCGCGGAAAUCGACCUCCCCUACAAGGGCACGGUGCGCAUGACCCUGUUGAACGGCGCCACCUUCGACAUCCCCAUGGAGGGCGUCUACAAGGGCCUCGCGUACACCAAGGCGACGGCCGAGACGCGGGAGAAGUGACGAGGGCCGGCGCCCGCCCCCCUCCCCGCGAGGGCCUCCGCGCUUCUUCCGAGCUUCGCCAGCGGCGCCGCCGCCGCCGCAUGCCGCCGCCUACCUGUUCCCUGCGGAGGCCGAGCGUCGCAACAAAACGGUGCUGAGGGAGGGAGGGGAGUUUGUUCGAUGGGCUGCUGGAGGAGGAGCCGAGGAAAAUUCCCCCGUGGCAAAAAAGCGAAAAUGAAGAGAAAGAAGAAAAGCGACGACGCACGUUGACGACGACGUUCGACCGAAAUCGGACAGCGACGACCACCACCACCACCGCCACCGCCCCCACCACCACCGGCAGGUCACGUGUGUGCGCGAGUGUGCACGUGUGUGCGAGUGUGCGUGUGCGAGUGCAUGUGUGCGCGUGU